UUCUUCGCCUCUGACUAGUCCUUUCCAGGGCCACUUUCAGUUAAAAACCUCUCUCUCCCUCUCUACUUCGCGAUACUCACUGACCCCCCGGUGUCCAAAACCCUAUUCUGAUCUUCUUAUGUGAUCCUCACAACCUCCAUCAUUCAUACACUCAAUUGAUUUCUGCGUUUUUAUAUACUUCUAUCUCCCCCUUUAAAUUCGAACUGUAUGUUUCUAACGCUUUCACUCUUCGAAUUCACAAGCAUUUCAAAGCGUUUCCGAGAGCAAAAAGCAUCGAGGACGCUGAAAUCUUUCGAAUUUGAGUUUGAAACCUAGGGUUAUUUCAAUCUAGAAUUCGUUGUUUAGAGAAAUCGGUGCGAUUAGUAAUUGUUGUUGUUAUUACUGUUGUUGUUUACGGGUUGAUGUGUUGUGAUCGGAGAUUAAUUUGUUGCGAAGCGUUUUUGAUUGAAUUGAAGUUGGAGAUUUUUAGGGUUUCGAAGUGGGGUUUGAGUUAUAUAGGUUGUAGAUACAAUGGAAAAGGAAAUUGCGGGCGAUGCGACGUCUCUAGACCCUGAACUGUUGCAGCUUCCAGAGGUUUCUCCUAUGGCGCUUAAGGCCAGCCCUCAAAUCGCUGAGGAGUUAUAUGAUCAGUGGUUAUCGCUUCCAGACACUGGCCGACUGGUGAAAUCCUUAAUAGAUGAUGCAAAAGCAGGUACAUCUAUUAGUUCCCCUGGGACUUCAAAUGCUGUUGGAAGUAAUCCAUUGCCUUCCAUCUUUCCCGCUGGUAGUGCACCUCCACUUUCACCAAGAAGUGCUUCUGGUUCUCCACGAACUAUGAAGCAAAGAAGCAGCCCUUUUUCCCUAGGUUCUCCGCUAAAAUUGGUUAGUGAGCCAGUGCGAGAAGUCAUACCUCAGUUUUACUUUCAAAAUGGUCGUCCGCAACCAAAGGAACUAAAAGAACAAUGUAUUUCUAGAAUCAAUCACCUUUUUAAUGGAAGUUCGGAUGGAUUGCAAGUACAUGAAUUUAAACAAGUUACAAAGGAAAUAUGCAAGCUGCCAUCAUUCUUUUCCUCUGCUCUUUUUGGAAAGAUCGACACUGAUUGCACAGGGAUGGUGACCAGGGAUGCAUUCAUCAAAUAUUGGGUUGAUAGCAACAUGAUGACAAUGGAUAUGGCCACCCAAAUAUUCAAAAUUCUUAAGCAACAAGACUGUAAAUACCUUACCUUGGCUGACUUCAAACCUGUUCUUCAAGAACUUUUGGCUACCCAUCCAGGAUUGGAGUUUUUGCAGAACACAUCGGAAUUUCAAGAAAGAUAUGCUGAAACUGUCAUAUACAGAAUAUUUUACUACAUGAAUAGAACUGGAAAUGGUCAACUGACCCUCAGGGAGCUGAAGCGUGGAAACCUGAUUGCUGCAAUGCAACAUGCAGAUGAAGAAGAGGACAUCAAUAAAGUUCUGAGGUACUUUUCUUAUGAACACUUCUAUGUUAUAUACUGCAAGUUUUGGGAACUGGAUACAGACCAUGAUUUCUUAAUCGACAAGGAGAACCUUAUCAGAUAUGGUAAUCAUGCUCUUACUUACAGAAUCGUUGAUAGGAUAUUUUCACAGGUCCCCAGGAAGUUUACUAGCAAUAUUGAAGGAAAGAUGGGUUAUGAAGAUUUUGUUUACUUCAUGCUGGCAGAGGAGGAUAAAUCAUCUGAGCCUAGUCUUGAGUAUUGGUUCAAGUGCAUAGAUUUGGACGGAAAUGGUGUGAUCACAGCAAAUGAAAUGCAGUUCUUUUAUGAGGAACAGUUGCACCGAAUGGAAUGCAUGGCCCAAGAACCUAUACUGUUUGAGGACAUAUUGUGUCAGAUAGUUGACAUGAUUCAACCUGAGAAAGAAGGUUUCGUCACACUACGUGAUUUGAAAGGGUGCAAACUUGCAGGAAACGUUUUAAAUAUUCUUUUCAAUCUUAACAAGUUCAUGGCUUUUGAAACUCGUGAUCCAUAUCUCAUUCGCCAGGAGCGGGAGGCUCCAACUUUGACAGAAUGGGACCGGUUUGCACAUAGAGAAUAUGUCAGGCUUUCAAUGGAAGAAGACAAUGUCUCGAAUGGAAGUGCUGAAGUCUGGGAUGAAUCACUUGAGGCACCCUUUUGAGUUCAAUAAGCUUUCUAUAGAAUGCUCGUGAUGCUUCCUUGUGCUUGGGCAUCAAAGGAAAACACAAAUGUUUUCCCGGAAAUACUCUUUGAAUGAAAUUCAUCAGCUGCUGUGGACCGCAUCAUUGAAAAUAUGAAACCUGGUCUUGUACCUCUGAUGUGCACAAUUUUCUGGAAUGCUAAUAUGCUUGCCAUGAUGGAGUCGAAACUAGCAGCACUUUCGAGUCCUGCUGCAAAAACAUGUAAUUGGGUAUGCCAGUUGUUCCUUCUCAGACGGGUACUUGUUGACAAGCAAUUUGGAUGCUAGGUUUCUGAAUCAGCUCCAUGCAUGCUUUUCCUUUCUUCUGGUCUCCGUUGAAGAUGGUAAUGUGCCGUUGGCAUGUUUGUGAUGUAAGCUUUCGUUGUUAUUGUUCUUGUUUGCACAAUAUGUCUUUUUCUUGUUGUUGUUUAUAUGUUUUUUUUUUUGGGUUAUAAUGUGAAAGGAAUAUUGUGUGGAAAUCUUUACAAUAGCCUGUUUGAUUGAGAGAAAAGGAUAGAAGAUUUUUAGUUGCAUAACAGUAUGUGGUUGGUAUAGUUAAAAAAGGAUUUCAAUUCUUAUUUUAUGUAUGUGCUGUGUUUGACCUUUUCAA